AUAUGAUUUUAUAUACCUAUAUUCACAAGCUCAAAAACACUCACAAAAUAUGUUUAAAACCCUUUUAUAAUCAUUUUCAUACAUCCAAAAGGUUUUAAACAAAAUUGGAAAUGAUUUGGACAAAAAUGAAAAAAUUGUCAAAAUGGUCAUAAGGUACCUAGGUACCGUGAGGGAUACCUUUUUUUUCUUCCAAGUGCAUGACCAGAAGAACUGAAGGUUUAUCUCCUGAAGCAUCAUUUGAUCCUGAAAUUGAAUCUACUUGCAAGAGACAGAACGCACAAAAGAAUAAAGCAAAGCGACCAGGGAUUGUAGACAUGGAGAAUCAGAACAACGAAAAUAAUGGAAACCAUGGGGAUGGUGAAGACAUCGUGAACAAUCAGAACCUCACCAUCAGGAAUUUGGCUACACCAAACCUUGAUCAUCAACCACUCUGCAUUCAAUAUCCAACGUUGAAUGCACCCCUAGAGCUCAGGUCAGGUUUACAACCUGUUGAUAGAGUGAUGCUUGAUGCUGCGAGUGGUGGAGCUCUCAUUGACAAGACACCCCUAGACGCGUGGAGAUUGAUUGAUAUUAUGGCUUCUAACUCUCAUCAGUUUGGCACAAGGCAAGAUGUAGUAGUUAAGAAGGAACACUACACUGAUAACUGCCCAUCGCUGCUUCAAGGACGAGUUGCUGAAGCUAAUGCACUUAGAUUUCCUAAUUCUGCCCAACGCAGAUAUGAUCCUUACUCGAACACAUACAACCCAGGGUGGAAAAACCAUCCAAAUAUGAGCUAUGGGAAUAGAAACAAUCAGAUGUUUUCAUCUCAGCCAGAACCUAGUCAAACCUUGAACUCCACAAUGGAGAGCAUGAUGCAAAAAUUAGUGGAUGGGCAGUUGAAGUUAGAGCAGGAGAAGUUGAAAUUUGAGCAAGAGACUAGAGUUGGUAUGCAAGACUUGAGGACACAAGUAGGCCAGCUUGCUACAUCAAUAAGCAAACUUGAGUCCCAACUCUCUAAUAAACUCCCUUCACAGUCUAGGACCCCAAAUGAAAGUGCUAAUGCAGUCAUUCUUCGUAGUGGCAAGGCUUUAGGCGGAUCUAGAACCAAGGAAGGAGAACCGAAGGUUGAUGAAGAGCGUGAAACUGAGGUCAAAGAUGAUCAGAUUAUUAAUAAAGAAACACCUCAACUACAAAAGGACGCAAGCCCUAUGGAUGAAAAGGUCAAUUCUCCCCUAAAUUCUAGUUUAUCGCCUAACGUGUCUUUGCCUUUUUUUCCCUCCAGGUUAGCUAAACAACAGAAAGAGGACAAUGAUAAGGACAUUUGGGAAACUUUUCGUAAAGUAGAGGUAAACAUACCACUCAUUGAUGCAAUUAAACAGGUCCCUCGAUAUGCCAAGUUUUUGAAGGAACUUUGCACAAACAAGAGGGGAUUGAAAGGGAUUGAGAGUGUAAGUUUGAGUGAAAAUGAUUCUGCUAUACUUCAAAGGAAGCUCCCUGUUAAGUGCAAGGAUAAAGGUUCAUUUUCGAUUCCUUGUUCUAUAGGAGGGAAGAAAUUUGAGAGAGCUUUGUGUGAUCUGGGUGCAUCUAUUAAUGUUAUGCCUUACUCAGUUUUUGUAUCUCUAAAUAUUGGCACUUUGAAUGAAAGUAGUGUUGUUAUAAAAUUGGCUGAUCGAUCUAGCGUAUAUCCUGAAGGUUUAGUUGAGGAUGUUUUAGUGCAGAUUGAAAAUCUCAUAUUUCCAGCAGAUUUUUAUGUUCUUAAAAUGGAGGAGAAUGAGCUGGACCUCAAACCAAUUCCCAUCUUGCUAGGGAGACCAUUCUUAAGGACUGCGAGGACAAAAAUUGAUGUUUUUAAAGGGAUUCUAACCAUGGAAUUUGAUGGAAAUGCAGUACGCUUUCACAUUUUUGAGGCCAUGCCUACCCAAGUGAAAAUUAUGCGGUCUUCUCCAUUGAUGCAAUAGACAUUCUCUCGGAGCAAGUUGUAGAGCUUGAAACCACUGACACUCUUGGUUUGGUUUUAGAGCAUAGUCUCGAUAGUAAAGCAUACAAUUCACU